GGCGAACCUCACGUGCUCUCGCUUGUGCGGCUGGGAAGGUGAGGUUAGAUGCGAGUCGUAAAGGUCCUGUGUUGCGGACGAUCACAGGACUCUUACAAAAUUUUAUUCUUGUCAUUCGAUAUAACUUCCCUCUUCUCCGUUCCGCAAAAUUUCGAGAAUGGACGCGUUGGCGCCGGGAAAUUUGACGGGCUCGCAGCGAGAAGAGUUGAUGCAGCAAGUGAAACAUCAGAUGGCAAUCGCCAAUGCUCAGGAACUGCUCACGAGAAUUACGGAAAAAUGUUUUAAAAAAUGUAUAAGCAAGCCGGGCACUUCGCUGGACACUUCAGAACAGAAAUGCAUAGCAAUGUGUAUGGAUCGAUACAUGGACUCUUUUAAUCUUAUAUCAAAAACGUAUAGUGAACGAAUCCAAAGAGAGCGUAAUAGACUGUAAAUAUGAAAAUUUAUGAAAAUAUAUUGUUAUUUGGUAUCCAUACUGUCAUUUAAUGGCACAAUCAAUGGGUCAUAUAGUGUUCAUUAGUUAUUACAGACAUACUUUUUUUAUACAAAAUUCAUGCAAAAAGUAUGAGGUUCACAAACAAAACGAAAAAAAAUACAUUAUUAUUUUUCACAUGAGAAAUUGAUUGAAAUAUACUAUUGUAAAUUAUGUAUAAUACAAUUAAAGUACACUUGUAAUAUAACAUUGCUAUCUAUAAUUAAAAAGUACAGAAACUCAGUUACUUACAAAGUGUAUAAUUACAUAUUUUACAUAGUGAUAAAAAUAUAUUUGUUAAUGCUGUAAAGAAAUACUCUGCCUAUCGUUAUAACAAUUGUAAUAGAAUAAAUUGUCUUUAUAGGAGUGUAAAUUAAUGAAAAAAAGCUAGACUAUUGCAAAAGAGAAAAAUCUUUAUAAAAUAAAUAACAUAUACAUGUGUGUGAAUACAUAUUAUUACAUCAUUAUUUGAAAAUCAUAAAUAAGUAACAUAGGUGUUUUGUAAAACCCACAGUAUUCUUAUAUAUUUUUGCAUUCUUUAUAAUUAUCUCAUACACACUAAAAGGCACGGUAUAGCUACCAAUGUUUCAACGUGGUUACAAAAUAAUUAUCUGCGACCAUGAUAUUGUAGAGAAGUACUGUAUAAAGCAGAUUAUUAUCAUUAAUACUUCAUUCGCGUGAAAUUUCAAACUGUGGAUUAUGAAUAACUAUGACUACGGUUACCUAUUUAUCUACCCCGAAAUAUCGAGCUUGUCACUCCAUUAAAUGUGCAUUUAAACACCACUGUGUGUCAUAUAUCUACAUACAUUUUCCGUAAUAAAAUUAUUACUUGAUUUAAUAUA